GGGGGCACCGGUGCGGCGCCCCCUCUGCUUGUUUACGCCGUGCCCGCCAUGCCGCGAAUGGACUGGAGGGGGCCGGGUAGGGGUUGGUGAGUUGAUUGACUCGUCGACAUAAACACACUGGAGGGAUCAAAGUAAUUUUUAGGGGGAAAGGAACCAGUCUCUUCCACUUAGUAAUUGGUCAUUCCAUUGGGGAAUGAGAUGAUUAUGGAUAAGCUCUUCUACUACUAUCAGUCAUUCAAUAUUAAUCACGGAACUAGUAAAUGGGAUCAGUGUCCAUUUGGUGUAGUUUGGACGGCCUUGCCACAAGUUUCCAGAUUUGGGGAGGUAAUGGGUAAUAAUGGAUAAUGAACAACCUCACCAGGAGCUGGUGAAGUGCGUGGUGGUUGGCGAUACUGCUGUGGGUAAAACAAGACUCAUUUGUGCCCGAGCUUGCAAUAAGCAAGUGUCACUCUCCCAACUUCUCACCACGCAUGUUCCAACUGUUUGGGCUAUUGACCAAUACCGCAUUUACAAAGAUGUCCUUGAGAGGUCAUGGGAGGUGGUUGAUGGUGUCAAUGUAUCCCUCCGCCUUUGGGACACCUUUGGGGAUCAUGAAAAAGAUAGAAGAUUUGCUUAUGGCAGGUCAGACGUGGUUCUGCUUUGCUUUUCUGUGACAUCACCCGUGUCACUCAGAAAUUGUAAAGCUAUGUGGUAUCCAGAAAUCAGGAGAUUCUGUCCCCAAACACCUGUCCUGUUAGUUGGCUGUAAGAAUGAUUUGCGAUACAUGUAUCAAGAUGAAGCAUACCUCAGUAUCUUUAGAGAAAAUGGUUCAUUUCUCAGGGCUACAAGAAAAAGCGAUUUAGUUAUGCCUGACCAAGCAAGAGCCAUAGCUCGUGAGCUUGGGGUACAUUAUUAUGAAACAAGUGUUUUAUCAUAUUAUGGAGUGAAUGAAGUGUUUGAGAAUGCCAUUCGGUCAGCUCUUAUGGCUAGAAGACAGCAGAGGUUCUGGAUGACAAACUUGAAAAAGGUGCAGAGGCCUCUUCUUCAGGCCCCUUUCAAACCUCCAAAACCACCUGUACCAGAGAUCCAUAUCUCACCCAGUAGCUAUGAUAACCAUAUGAGGGAAAUGUGGAUUCAGCAGGCACACACUGAUGUAAUAUUUGUUGCUGGGUCUGUUGGCUUCACUGCACACCGGUUCAUGUUGGCGUCGGCAUCACCUCUUUUGCAUCGAAUCCUAAUGACUGACUUUAGCAAUGAACUUAACACGCGAAGUUCAAGUGAAUCAUCAAUGGUCAGUACAUUUGGAGAAGCGACUCAAGGUGACUUUAAUGAUGAUACAGAACAUUUAAUAAGAGUAGAUACAGGAAAACCCUCAAGAGUAUGGGAGCAGCUAAAACGGCGAUCCAGCUGCCAGAUUCUUACAUGUGACAGCAAUAGAAGAUUAGAUGUGUCAAGAGAAAUGGACCAUCCAGCUUUUUUAUCCAUUAGAGUGCAACAGUGUGAAGGCCUAGACCAUCGAGGGAAUCCGAGUUCAUCACUUCAAACUGUCAUCACUCUAUCAAAGCUGAUCACUCCACAAGCUAUGAAUCAAGUUCUUCAGUUUAUGUACACAGGAACUAUCGACAGCCAGUAUUGUGAACUGCAGACUGCUCCUAUUGGACUGUUAUUGGAAAUUCGACAAGCUGCUGAGUUUUUGGAGUUAUCAGACCUUCACCUUUUUGUGUCAAAUGUCCAUUCAAGAGAAGAGUUCCUGAAUACUGAACUAAUUCUGCAUUAUCGGAAGGACCUCAAAAAACGUUUUCAAGAUCUGUGCUUGGGACAUGGCCUAUUCUCAGAUGUGAUAUUUCAACUAGAUGAUGGCCUGUAUCCUGUUCAUCGAGCUCUCUUAAUGUCAAGAUGUGACAUGUUUAAGGCCAUGUUUUCUGGUGAUUUUAGAGAAAGUAGUGCUAAAGUGAUCAUGUUUCCUGGAGUGGCCCAAGAUACCUUCAUACAACUCUUAGUUUAUCUUUACACUGAUGACAUCAGUGGCACGGUUUCUUACCUGAAGUGUUUAGAAUUAUUAGAAGUAGCCAACCGUUUGUGUCUCCAACGACUAAUAACACUUAUAGAACAGAAAGUGGUUGAACAGUUAUCUGUCAGGUGUGGGACGGAUGGUGAUGUAGUCGAGCACUGUCUAAGGCUACUGGAGCCUUGCAAGUUACACAAUGCUGAUCAGUUGGCUGAUUGGUGCAUGAACCAUCUGUGCACGAACUAUAACAAGUUGUGUAAGAGAUCUCCGAAAUUGCUUCGUCAACUUCAUCCAGAAAAUCAAGAAUACCUCAGUGAACACAGGUGGCCUCCAGUAUGGUAUCUUAAAGAUUAUGAUUACUAUGAAAAGUGUGCAUCUGAAAGGGAGAAAGAAGAGAGGCCUCUUUUAAAACGGAGCAGUGCUGGCUGCCUCUGCUUCUCCUCCAAAGCGAGACGCAGUAGUGCUCACAUGUCGAGCACAGUCGACAACUCUGCAGCCAUCGCCACUGAUGCCAUAGAUGUUGAUAUUGAAGUGAUGGCCGAGGAUGGCCCUGGCCCAGUCCCCGUCCCCGAGGCUUCUAAUGCUAUGGACAUGUGACGGCGGCCUCGGCGGCCGUGCCGCAGUGCUGCGCUCUUGGUCGGCAUUUCUGCCAGUGUGGGAAUCAUCACGCUGGCACUCUGUAUAGUUUACAUUUUUAUCUAACAGCAAAGUGGCAAUUUGUGAUUUCUUUUUUGAAGACUUCAUGAACUGACACUCAUUUGUAUAUAAAUAUAUUUUUUAACUGUGUGGAACACACAAACAACUGAAUUUGUGGUGAAAGUUUUGCGACUGUAUUUAGAUGGAUUUUCAGAAUUACAAUGAAAACGGAACUGAAUGUAAUUUUAAGAAGUAAUAUGAUGGUUUCUAUUAUUCCAAAUUGCUGGACAGAUUUGUAUGAUUAUUAUUAAAAAUAAAUGCACUUUAUCAUUAUAAUAAAUCAUGCUUUUAUGUCUUGCACUGCCAUCGAGAAGUAUUGCUGCAGGCUUGAUAAAUAAGUGAGCUGGUAAAUGAUUUUCCAUGUGGGCUCCUCGUAAGUAAUAAGUAUCACAUUCUAAGUUAUCUUUCUCUAACUAUCAGCUCCUCAACUUUUGCUGCUGAUUUCUUACUUGCAAAAUGAUCUCAUCAAGAACAUUGUCUGUUUGUCAAAUCGUUUGCAGUGCAUAAUGUCAAACUUUGUGCUCUCUUUUGAUUUUUGACUUGUGCGACCAUUGAAUGAAGGUGUCCAUGGUGUUACAAAUGAAAUAAUGUACUUCACUCUUGUUUGAUUCAUGCAGUCAUUUUUAAGAUCAACUAGGGUUUACAAUUCAUACUCUCCCUAAAUUUGUGGCUGUGCCAUUGAACAAGGAUUUUAAUUAGCUUUGUUUUGUUUUUCAUUGAAUUAAACAAACAUGAAACUUUUAUGAUGCAUUCAAUCAAAACAAACAGGAAUCAUGUGGAUGGUAUACUUGAUAUGGAUUACUCAAGCUCCAACAUCCAUAUCUACAUGCCAGUAAAUUUUGGUUUUAAGUGAAUGAGUCCUGUUGCCAGAAAUUCCUUCUGGAAUAAAUAUUUGUCCUCUUGCCUUAAGAACUGUGUUUUUCUAAGGGACUUUUGUAUUUUCCAAGCAAUAAUGGAUCUUUUGAAUCAAUUGCACCCAGGAUUUUUACUGUCCAUGACAAGAUCCAUAACGGAUGUAAUAUUUUUCCAGGGAUUUUGCAAGCCAUUAAGUCCUUCCAGGAACAGGUCUGAGCACAAGCUUAGAAACCUAAGUGACCUCAAAUACAUAUUUGUUUUGUGUUAGAUUCCCCCACUUUUUUCAUUUAAUAAUAUUGUGAGUCUGCUGUUUCAUAUUUAAUAUCGGUUACACGUUUGUUCAAUUUUGUAGUCACACCUAUUUUAUCUUAAAAGUUUACGUGGUGUGGUGACUAUAUAAUCUUCUUUUGAGUGAGAAGGAUUUAUUGUCUGUGAUUCUAUUUCAUGCCCUCUGGGCCAAUUUAGUGCAAACUUUUAAACAUCAAAUUAUGCAUUGUGUAUAUGUCUAUGGUAAUUACUUUCCCAGUAAUUUAAUUUAGGUUAGAACAUUGAUAGUACAAAUGAAUCACAACAAAAUGUUUUUAAUGUUUACAGUUUGUAUUUGCCAUGCGGAAUCUUAGAAAAAAUUAAUUGAAUAAAAUUUAGUAAGGGUUUAAAACUUUUUAGUCAUAUCAAUGUCUAAUAUAGUGGAUCCUGCUUACAUGUUCCAUAUUACUUAGGACAAAAUAACAGAUUUCACAAAGUUAUACUA